GUCAAUUGCACGCGAUCGGUUCUUCCUUUGUACAUGUCCGUUUUACUGUUAAUUAUCACGAUUUUUUAUCGAAACUCGAAUAACAAAACGGGAGGGAGUGUUGAAUGUUGACCAAUGUACAUAAUUAACUAGCAAUGGGAAAUCUUCGAAACGUUUUCAACACAUAAUAGCGGAUGUAUGGAAUCAUUUUGUGUAGAAAUUUGGAAGCAGUGUACAUUCUAAAAAUUUGGAAGCAGUGUACAUUCUUUUCACUGCUGGAACGUUAAAUCUUGCAGUUUCCGUUGCCGGUACUAAUGAGCAGGAGGAUCGGAAGAGAUACCUGCAUUCUAAAACCGACUAAAAACAUUUGCUAGUACGUCUUCCGGGAUAUUAUAACCAGUUACCGGACAUGCAUUACCGACUGAUCCUGUUACUCGCAGUAACAUGUACAUCCACAGCAAAUCGAGUCUUGUCACAAGGCACUCCGGAUCUGUCCGCACCCGCUUUUACCUUACCGUACCAAAGCUAUCACAUCGAAAUUUAUCCAGCUUUUAACAAUGGUUCCACUCCGGUAUACUAUUAUAUGCCAGCUUGUGUAUUUCUUCCGAAUGCUACAGUGUUUUCACCAAGAAACACCUUACCGCGUUCAGUUACGCUUAAGAUAAGGCUUUGGAAUGAAGAUUACGUCAACCACAUUCAUACAUUACUCUCGCAACACACUGGAAGCAGUAACAUUCAACUUCGACCAGUUCCCUUCAAGUGGAUGCGCGUCGUGUCAAUAGGCAACUGGCCUGGCAGUCACAUCGGGCCGAGCUGGAAUUCUAUUGCCCAGUUUCCGCAAACGGUCACUUUUAACAUUGCCUGUACCACCGCUGCAGCGUGUGAACAGAUCGAAAGGUCAUUAACUAAUACCGAGCGAUUUGCAUUCAAUGCGCACGUGACCUUUGGAUAUCGCGUACCCAGCGUGGCGGAAAAGAACUUCACCAUUCAUCUCGCAUCCACCUCAAUGCUGCGCGCGAUUAAGGAACGAUUUCCGGACUCUGAAAAUGUUUUCAUUCAGAAGGCAGAUUUUUAUGAUUUGGUACGAGAAACUGUGACGAAGUGCCUGAAUUCACAGUUAUCCGGUAACGAACUUGUAACGGACGAUCAGGUGGACGACCUGGUCGAAGAAGUUGCUGAGAGUUUUCGGAGAAAUGUUACCUCCACUGAAGACUUUACGGAUGCCAUGUGGCAAUCCACAUUCUGGAAGGAGACUGUCCAUCGUCCAGAUCUGAAAGCAAAGAACCUGGAAAUCUUGUUCAGCAACGGAAAGUACUGGAUACAAAAAGCGACAAAAGGGGACAACGUUUCAGGAGAAAUAGGUAGCGCGUUGGCAGAGUUGACGCCUUCUUCUGGUUAUGUGAGAUGGACAGGUGACAGAUUCGUUCUUGAUUCAGUUGACCUUUACUGCGUUCCUUUGGCUGCACUCCGUCGACAACAAAAUUUUGGUAACUUUGCGGCAGCUGUUACCCUGCGAAUUGCUGAUUACGUAACGUCGCUGCAUUUACCGCAUCGUGCUUACGAAGAAGCGGCCUCUAGAACGGUAAAAUUCGUAAUGCCACCGCUGUCAGCGGACAGUAAUUGUACAACCAACGAUCGGCAGAGUGCUACGCAUCAUUACAUUGCAAGCGAAAAAAACAUCACUAUCACGUGGUUAGUGCGAAACGGCGAUACCUGGGAAGCAUUGACUGGCUUUACUGUACAUGUAACGAAAACAAAUUCCAUAACGGGUAAAUUGGAUGCACGGUUCUUCAUCACAUCAAACCAAUCCGGAGAAAUUUCACUGAUUCUCUCACAAAGUACUAAUUUCAUAUUCACCUUCGAGGCGACAGGCUAUUAUCCAGUCACAGCGAAUAAUCUACAGCGAAAUCUCAUUAACGGUGCGGUCGCAACGGCUGGGUAUAUUGAACCGUUAGUGCUCAUUAGCAAACAAUACAGCGGAUCUGGGAUUGUCAAAGGGACGCUUUCUUCCGUACCUGGCGUAAAGAAUACCCGUAGCUACGAAUCGCUGGCCGAUGCGGUUGUGGAAUUCCGUUCUGGGCUUGAUAAUGUUACGGGAACUCCUACUAUUUCACUCCGAACAUUCACAGACGGGGCUUGGCAAGCCAGUUUACCCACUGGGUACUACACACUGACUGCGUCUAAGGUGGGAUUCAUAAAUGCCACGAUGAAUAUUAUUGUCAUUAGCGGGAAAACACUGACUUACGAUACAGCGAUUCCGCCCAUGCCAAAGAGUGGUGAAAUUCGAAUACUAUUGAGAGGCAAACAUGAACACCAUUCCGGAGUACUAGACAUGACAUUGCAUGUGCGAGGACCAUUGGCAGGAAAGAGUGAUCGAUCUCAUGUGUAUUGGAAUUCCUUAAAUAGCCCGGAUAACCUCGUAUCGCACGAUGUCAAUACCUACGUAUACAGAAGUACGGUAAUUAAACAACAACUACCCGGUGCAUACCGGAUUAUUGUGCAGAAUUAUUUCAAAGGCGCCAGCUAUCCAAAUGCCAUUUCGGGUCUAGCAAACUCUCGUGCGGUGGUGGAAGUUUACCGCGACACCGGUCUGUGGGGGCAGUUUUUCGUUCCGAACAGAAUGAGAAACGCUUGGAAUGUCGUCGAAAUUAACGGAAAUCUUAUUACGCCGCUCAACGAGAUGAAAACAGUUGCAGCUGAACAGGAUCUUAGCUAAAACUGACUUGCUCUGAAUUGUGUGAUUUGUGUCUGUGUUUGGAUGUGAUUCCACAAUGUGUGUGUAUGUGAUGCAAAUCAUGCAAUCAUAACAAGGAAAGUAAUAAAAGCUACGUAAAUG